UUCUUUUAUAUAUAACGAGUGCUGUACAUUAUUUUACACAUCAAAAUGAAAAUACUUGCGAUAUGACUUACAUGUUUGAAUAUCCUCAAUAUGUGAGGAUAGGACUAAAUAGCAAAAACAAUGAUUUAUCUGACGACUAUUUAUAUCCAAGAUUUCAACUAUUUGCGUAUGGUGAAGGAUUUGUUACGGAACGUCUAAGAAGAAUGCAUUUUUCUGGUAUACCAGUGCUUUUUAUUCCUGGAAAUGCUGGCUCCCAUGAACAAGUUCGUUCUCUUGCAUCGGUUAGUUUAAGAAAAAGUUUAAAAAGUCGUACACCAUUUCAUUUUGAUUACUUUUCAAUAUCAUUUGGUAAAGAUUACUCAGCAUUUUAUGGAGGAAUAUUACAGGAAGAAACUAAUUAUGUAGCUAAGUGUAUACAAAGAAUAAUUUCUUUAUAUAAGGGCAAAGUAAAAAAUAUUAUCUUGAUUGGACAUUCAAUGGGUGGAAUCAUUGCUAAAGGAUCUCUAUUACUAGUACCUGAAAUUAAUAACAGCUUCGCCACUAUUUUAAUUACAUUAGCAACACCCCAUACACCAUCCAUUUAUCCAGACUUUACUUUUUUAAAUUAUUAUAAAAAAUUAAGUGAUUCUAUGAUGUAUUUAAAACAAAAUGAAACAACUGUAAUUUCUAUUGGCGGAGGUCCAAGAGAUAUUCUAGUUCCUUCUUUUCAAACAUAUGAUGAAUAUGCAGAUUUAAAUGUUCUUACAACAAGUAUCCCAGGUGUUUGGAGAUCAACGGAUCAUUUAUGUAUACUAUGGUGUAAACAAUUAAUAUUGAAUAUUGUAAGAUCACUAUUUGAUUGCGUUGAUGUCUCUAAAAGACCAGCGACUAUUUUUAAAAAUCAUGAUCGUAAGAUUAAAGCAUUCAAAUGGCACUUUUAUCAAUAGUUUUGAAAAACAUCUAC